AUGGCCCAACCGCUAUGCUUCUUCAUACCAGAUCAUAUCUUCACACCCACCACAAACAGCAAUACCGUUGCGAACAAGGUAGAAGAGCCAAAGAAGAGCAACUUGCAGGCCAAUGCAAGCUACAGAGUAGCCAACUCUUGGCGCAACGAGGGCUCCGAAAACGAGGACUUGAGACUCUUUGCGGUAUCGAAUGAGCUUGUCAUAGAAAGUUUCGAUGAGAUUCAAACACAAAAAGUACAAGAGCCUGUUGAGGAGGCCUAUACUCCCACCAAGGCGGUAAGAGAUGGUUAUGAGAACACGCUCAGCGAGACGAUCCGCAUCCCACGAGAUGACCUCAAGUUCCCUGCCUCGAUACCAAUCGAGCAAUCCCGUUGCGUCUUUGACCUCCAAUUCAGCAAGCACCCCUGGAGCUUCCCAGGAGUCUUGAUGCGAUGCGAAGGUGAACCCGCCCUCGAGCGCCAAGGUGACCCAGCAGUCAACCAAUGCUACGACCACAUGGGCAUCGUGCGCGACUUUUACCGUGAAGUGUUUGGCAACCACGCCAUCUUGGGCGAGGGUAUUCCCCUUGUCGGCAUAGUCCACUACGACUUCUACUUCCCCAAUGCCUGGUGGCAUGAGCGCGACGAGAAGGACGAAGGCUCCGUCCCCGGCCUCAUUUUUGGGGACGGAUGGGAUACGGAUCCUUGGAAGAACAACCAGCCGACCAAGUGGUAUGGGGGCUGCUUCGGUAAUUUUGUCGGCAGCUUGGAGAUUGUAGCGCACGAGAUGACGCAUGGCAUGGUGCACUCGCUCUUGAAGCUGGAAACGACGGAGGAGAGCGGGUCGCUGCAUGAGCACCUUGCUGAUGUGUUUGGGAUGAUGUGCGAGCAGUGGCAUAAGAAUCAGACUGUUGACGAUGCGGACUGGCUGGUAGGAGAAGACCUUGUUGCUGAGCAGUUUAAGGAUUUGCAAGGGUUUGCGCUGAGGUCCGUCAAGGCGCCGGGGACAGCGUAUGAUAUUGAGGAUCUAGGGAUUAAGGAUUCCCAAGUAGAUCAUAUGAGCAGUAUGAUGAAGGACAAGAGAGAUGUGAAGAGCAUCUAUGUCAAUAUGGGCAUCAUGAACAAGGCUUUUUACCUUGUUGCAAAGGCGAUGCGGAAAGAUUCCAAAACUUGGGAGAAACCGGGCAAAAUCUGGUAUACUGCGCUGCAGAAACUGCGCGCGUUGGGAAGAUCGAAGUGCGAAAUCACUGGCUGGGCUACUAUCACAGUUAUAGCUGCCAAGAAUUUGUUGAAGGACAAAACUAUUGGGCAGGACGACGUUCAGGCGGUCAUAGAUGCAUGGAAGGAGGUUGGCGUGUUGAAGUAG